UUGUGUUUUUUUUAAUUAUCGGAUUAUAAAAUUAACCUAAUUUAGGCUUAAAAUGCUAAAGGAAUGGCUGAAAGGCACUCCUGCUGAAGCGGAGAAAACGGAGGCACCCAAAAAGUCUGGGCGUAUGGUCUUAGAUGCGGAAAAAACUUUCGAGGCUGAAGACUCGCCGCAAAAGAGUCGUGAGCUAUUUGAAAAGAAGCUGUCUGAUUCCGCAAAAGAAGGUCCACCAAUGGCCCACAAAGUUGUCACCUACGACAAUCUGUUUCAGAAAGCUCAGGGCAUUCUUCUGGAGGCAAACAACAAUGAAGUUCAAGAAGGCCUUAAUUUGAACGUCAGUCGCAACCUACAGAAUACCUUGAUCGCCUCGAAGUGGUGUCUUGUCAACCCGCAGAUGUCGCACUGGGAGAUCAAUUUCCAGAUGAACGGCUUUUCUGACAUCAUAGCGGCCUCGUGGAAUACGCUAAACCGGUAUCAACUGAUGUACCAGCGGGUCUCCAGUAGAGGCGCGAUGUUGGUAUCGCAAUUUAUGGCGCAAAAGCAGCAGGGUCUUUGCCAGGGCACCGUCUUUGCCAUGCUGCAGUACCCCUGGGUCUCUGGUGGAUGCUCGCAGCUACAGUACAUCAAGGACCAAUCCUUCACCAUGAGCCACAUCCAGCGCAUCAUCCGGGGCUUUUAUCUGGGUAGUAGCCUGAGUAUAGACCCCAACACCCACUCCUCUGUACUUUCUCAUGCGGCGUCUUUUACGACACCGAAGAAAAAUACGUCUUUCAUAGCUGAAUGGACGCCAAGCAAAGGCACGUGGAAGCUGGCGGCUACGUCCUUUGACUGGGGCCAAAAUAUGGAUGCUGCGAUUGAGCUUGAUUACAAGGAAGGUCGCGAGGGCACGAAUACGCACUUCAAUAUCGGAUGCCGAAAGAAUUUCCUGACUGGGUCGAAGCUUGUGGCAUCGCUCAAGGGAUUUAACAAGCUGAAGAUUAAUUUAGAGCUUCCCUUCGGUGGAGAGGUUCGGGGUGCUAACCAAUUCAAUUUGAUGUUUAACUGCCAAUACGAUAUCCACAGUGGAGCUGUAAAACAGGGGUUAGUUUUCACGGCAUAAUAGAAAUAACGAAAUCUAAUUAAAUAUUCAUUUUGUAAACGACGUGUCGAUUUAGAGCUUGUUCGCUUUUCACUAGGUUAAUAAUCUAACAUUUUCCUAAGACAUUACUUUUUUUUAGCUUUCCAUCUAUU